AGCUGAGCAGCGCUGGGCGGGGUCGCGAGGCCGCAAAUCAACCUACAGCUCGCCAACCCCCGCCGCCGCCCCGGCCGGUCCCCCGCUUGGCCUUUGCGUCUGGGUCCGGAGCCCUCUCCCAGCGGGAAUGAUGCCCAGGAAGCAGUGACCCGAGGGAGGCCGGAGCCCGCGCGCCGCAACUGCUGCCAUGUCCCACCAACCGCUUAGCUGCCUGACUGAGAAGGGGGACAGCCCCAACGAAACCACAGGAAAUGGACCCCCCAAUCUGGCUCACCCAAACCUGGACACGUUCACCCCACACGAGCUGCUGCAGCAGAUGAGAGAGCUUCUAAUCGAGAACCAUCAGUUGAAAGAAUCCAUGAAGCUAAACAAUCAAGCUAUGAAAGGACGAUUUGAGGAGCUUUCAGCUUGGACAGAGAAGCAGAAGGAAGAACGCCUUUAUUUUGAGACUCAGAGCAAAGAAGCCAAAGAGCGCUUAACGGCACUGAGCCUUGAAAAUGAAAAACUGAAGCAAGAACUUGGAAAAUUAACAGGGAAAACUGAAAGGGCAUUUGAGGACAUCACUGGGGACCCCAAGGUCCCCAAGGCAGAAGUGGAACAAGAAGUGGAACAGCUGAAGACCCAGGUGGCACGCCUCCAAGCUGAAAAGGCAGAUCUUCUGGGCAUCGUGUCUGAAUUACAACUCAAGCUGAAUUCAAGCGGCUCCUCCGAAGACUCCUUUGUUGAAAUCAGGAUGGCUGAGGGCGAAGCAGAUGUGGCAGCAAAAGAAAUCAAGACAAGUCCUAGGCCCACAAGAACUCAUUCUGUUGACAGGAGCAAAUCUGCAGAAGGUACCAGGAAUUAUGUGGAGUUUGAGGAAUUAACUGUGAGCCAGCUCCUGCAUUGUCUAAGGGAAGGAAACCAGAAGGUGGAGAGACUUGAAAUUGCCCUCAAGGAAGCCAAAGAAAGAAUUUCUGAUUUUGAAAAGAAAGCCAAGGAUCAUUCUGAGACUGAGACCCAGACAGAGGAGCACACAGAACAAGAGAAAGAAGAGGAGAAAGACACCAAAACUAUUGGAAGUGAAGUGGAAACACUGAACCUUCAGGUGACAACCCUGUUUAAGGAGCUUCAGGAAGCUCACACGAAACUCAGUGAAGCUGAGCUAAUGAAGAAGAGACUUCAAGAAAAAUGUCAGGCCCUUGAAAGGAAAAAUUCUGCAAGCCCAUCAGAACUGAAUGAAAAACAAGAGCUGGUUUAUAAAAACAAAAAAUUAGAGCUCCAAGUAGAAAGCAUGCGAUCAGAAAUCAAAAUGGAACAAGCUAAAACAGAAGAUGAAAAGUCCAAAUUAGGCACUCUACAGUUGACACACAACAGGCUUCUUCAAGAAUACAAUAAUGCACUGAAGACAAUUGAGGAACUAAAAAGGAGAGAGUCAGAAAAAGUGGAUAAGGUGGUGCUGCAGGAACUGAGUGGGAAGCUGGAACUGGCAGAGAAGGCCCUGGCUUCCAAGCAGCUCCAAAUGGAUGGGAUGAAGCAGACCAUCGCCAAGCAGGAGAAGGACCUGGAGACCAUGGCCGUCCUCAGGGCUCAGAUGGAGGUUUAUUGUUCUGAUUUUCAUGCUGAAAGAGCAGCAAGAGAGAAGAUUCAUGAAGAAAAGGAGCAGCUGGCAUUGCAGCUGGCAGUUCUGCUGAAAGAAAACAAUGAUUUCGAAGAUGGAGGCAGCAGGCAGACCUUGAUGGAAAUGCAGAGCCGUCACGGGGCGAGAGCAAGUGACGCUGACCAGCAGGCUUAUCUCGUUCAAAGAGGAGCCGAGGAUAGAAACUGGCUGCAGCAGCAACAGAAUAUUCCAAUUCAUUCUUGCCCCAAAUGUGGAGAAGUUCUGCCCGACAUAGAUACACUACUGAUUCAUGUUACGGACUGUAUCAUUUAAGUGUUGACCUUUCACCUCCCCCAAGCUGUUGAUGAGCCCUGUGAGCUUUUACUUGAUCAUCAGGACAAGUGAAAAACUACUGGCCUACACAAAGCAGAUACAUUAGUUUCACUGGAUUUCGUGUGACCAUCCACAGUGUAAAGUUCCCUUUUCCUUCCCUUGUGAUGCAGGUACAUGUUAUCUACUAUACAGUAGAUAGUAUAUGAAUUUCUAAAAAGAAUGGCUAUCAAUUUUCUUCCUGGAUCAGGCUCUAUAUUCAUAAUCACAAAAAUAGUUACUGCAAAAUAAAAUUUUCCUUAUGAGUCUUACACAUUGUUCAUAUGUGGUUAGCUAAUUUCACAGGAUGUGUUUUCUGUAUUCAGCUUCACAUAAAUUUAAUACUUAUUCAGAUCUGUCUUGUUAAUUCCAUGAAUAUAAGCAAAAUCUCUUUAUUAGAGACCAGUAAGUGUUGUUUGAAUUAGAAAUUGUUCUUUCUAGGAAGAUGAAAAGAUAGGGCUUUGCCAUAUUUUAUAAAUCUAGUUUACCAAGAUGAGCUAAUAUUGGGCCACCCUUAGAAGUUAUUAAUGUCCUUGUGUAUCUAUAUACUAAAACAUUUAAGAGAAAAGUUUAAAAUCUCCUCUGUUUGGCUUUGUCCUAAGACUCUCUCCUAGACAAACCUGACGUGUGUGUGUGUGUGUUUGUGUGUGUGUGUGUGUGUAUAUGUGUAUAUAUAUAAUAUAUUUUUAAACAGGAAUUAAAACAGGUAAUUACAGCUUCAUUACAAUAGAACACAUUGCACAAACUCAAUAGUAAUUUAGAUUUCCCUACCUCACCCCACAGAGAAUGUUUGUUUAAGACAUUUCUAAAAUAACUAUUAAAAUUUUAAUUUCUUAUUUAUAGUUUCUAGUUUAACAUUUUUUUCCUUAUUACUUUAUAUUGGAGUAGAUAAAUUUCUAUAGUAUCCUAAAUAGAAAACAAACCAAAUGGUUCCACUCUUAAGUUACUGGCAAUACCCUUAUGCUUUGUUCAAGUAAAAAUAUUAAUCUGA